UAAAGAAUAAGUGUGAUUUAAAAUAUGAUCGCUAUUUCGAAAGAGCGAAAUAACGCAAAAAACAGUCGUUCCAAAUCAGUAGCAGAACGAGCAGAGAAACAACGAAGCAUCGUAUAAAGAGCGAAACCAAAAACGUCAUCAAUUGUCAUCAUAUUGCGCUUUGCGUUAUUCUUCCACUCCCAUUCUUAAAUUCCUACUGGUCAUAGACGGCAGACGACCUACUCAUUCAUCCAGUAUUCGUUCGUCAGAAAUUUUGGACGGUGAUAUUUCGUGAAAAUUAAAAUCGCUCGUAGCUUUUUUUAAAUAAAUAAUUUCUUUAUAAAUUGUAUAAAAAAUCGUAUAGUGCAAAUAACACUGAAACGUAAGUGCUACAAACGAAAACCCAAAUAGUGGAAAGGUGAAUACGUAUUACAAGUGGAAAAGAAAGAAAGUAGUAAAGAGCAGCUAUAGAAAAAGGGGCAAACCCAAAAGUGCAACCGAACACUUAUGUAGACAUUGGUCGCCAUUGGCAGCAAUAGUUACAGAAGCAAAUUAAACACAAACUGCAUAUAAAGUCAUCGUCAAGCCAUCGUCGUAGUAUUCCCUGUUCUAGUUGUACUCCACUACACAAAAAGCUCCAGCUGUGUGCGCUAUACUCCCCCAUAUGUGAUUUUACGUGUCAUCAUCAAUAUACGCCUAGUAAGAAAAAAUUAAAAACAAUAUAAUAAAGCACAGUGCCACAGUUAUCAUUCGGGCAAGUAGCUAGUACACUAAACGGACGGUGUCUCGUGACAUUGCUCAGCUGAGGCUCAGCGCAACUGGGGCCAAACAGAGAAACUUCUACAUUAACCACAACAACAAUUUAGUGUUCACAUAAAGGAAAAGAGCAGUCAGACUGCAAACAAGCAAAUAUCUAACUACGCAUUCUACAUAUAAAAGGCUUAGCUUGCUUUGGAGCACUAUCUAAAAAACAAAAUCUGCAACUCAACAAAAGCAAAAAAAAAAGUUGAACCAAAAACAAAAAAUAACAAUAAAAACUAGCAUUUUACGCAAAACAAAAACGCAAAGCCAUAAAAUUUUAAGAAAAAGUACAUAAAGAAAGCCCAAAAAAAGACUAAGCGUAGCGAAAACAAUCAAAAUGCGAAAACAAAAGGAAGACAUGCAAGUGAAUGUCGCUGGUUUACGUCGGAACAUCAAAAAUCUCGCGCACAACUACUCAGAUGCGCAGGUGAAAGUACGCGAGGCCACCUCCAAUGAUCCAUGGGGGCCAUCGGCCACGAUAAUGGCCGAAAUCGCCGAUCUCACCUACAAUGUGGUUGCCUUCUCGGAGAUAAUGCAAAUGAUUUGGAAGCGUCUGAAUGAUCAUGGCAAGAACUGGCGUCACGUCUACAAGGCGCUCAUACUGCUGGAGUAUUUAAUCAAAACCGGCACCGAGAAGGUAGCGCAACAGUGCAAAGAGAACAUUUUCGCCAUACAAACGCUGCGUGAAUUCGUCUACUUCGAGGAGGGUAAAGAUCAGGGCACGCAUGUACGUGAAAAGGCCAAGCAGUUGGUGAAUCUGCUGAAAGACGAUGAACGUUUGAAAAACGAACGCGUGAAAGCAUUGAAGGCGAAAGAACGCUUUGCGCAACAUCCCAGUGGUUUUGGUAGUGACGGUUAUAUUGAUGGACCGACGCAUCGUGAUAUGCCGCCCGGUUGGCAAGAGGAGCCGAAGCCGGUGUCCGAGCUCGAGAGGGUGCGUCCACAAACGGCAGGCGAAGAGGAGCUACAGCUGCAGUUGGCAAUGGCGAUGUCGCGCGAAGAAGCCGAACAAGAGGAGGCUAAGCGACGUAGCGAUGAUGUGCGUCUACAGCUUGCGCUGAGCCAGAGUGAACAGGAUUUCAAAGAUCAAACUGUACCGGCGGCGGCGCCAAAACGGGAAGAACCACAAUCACAUCUUCUAGAUUUGCUGGACAUUUCUCUGGGCGCCACGAGCAUUUCGAGUCCACCAUUGGGCGCUACCGGCGGCAGUGGUGAUCCAUGGGGCACGCCGGCACGUGCUGCCAGUCAGCUCUCGGAUCCUUGGUCGGGCACAUCGUCGCCACAAAUCGAUCCUUGGCAACCGGCCGCAGCUAUGCGUGCAGCCACAGCUUCAGCACCACUGGGCGCCGUUGGCGGUUUAGGCAGUAAUGGUGGCGAUGCUUGGGGUCUAACACGCACACAAUCGCCGUCCGUCGCUUCCGGCUCAUCGACUGAGGGUUGGCUGCAUAGCAAUGGUGGUGGUGGUGCUGGCAUCACCGGUGCGGUUGGUGGCGCUGCGCUUUUGAAUGGCAAUUCGCUGGGCGGCGGUGCGAUUGGUGGUCUGGAUCCUUGGCUAUCGAAAACUGGCGGCAUGGGUGGCGCUGCGGCAGCGGAGAAAUUGGAACCGGCGGAUCCAUGGUUGACGGAAAGUGUGAAACCAGUUACUAUGGCACCACUGGCGGCUGCGCCCAAUGUCGAUCCGUGGGCGCCCAAAGCUGGAGCGGCAAAUGAUGAUCCCUGGAAGAGCACUCAAACGAAUGUGGUUAAGCCUUCGCCCGAUUUGGAUGAGUUCGAUAUAAUAACCAAUCGUAAUAAGACUGGCGAUUUAUUAAUCGAUGGCUUGACAAGUGCUUCGAACAACAAUAACGCAUCGCUACUCGAUGAUUUGGAUCCACUGUCUGCAACGAAUUCAUCGCUCAAUGCAUCAGCAACGAAUACGAACAAACAACUGAAAACACCGCAAUCGUUCUUAGGUGAAAAUUCGUCAUUAGUUAACUUGGAUAAUCUAAUAAAGCCCGUGCAAACGCAGUCACAAGCUGGCAAUGCUGCCUACAAUCCAUUUAGCGAUACUGUUAUACCACCAAAAACAAAUCUAUUCCAACAACAACAGCCUGCGGUACCGUCCAUUAACCAGCUAAAACAGCAACAGCCUUUUGCUAUGACUAUGAACCAGGAUCCUUGGGCGCCGGUCGCUAAUUCCACUAAUGCGUCACAGCCCUCCAGAAACUUCUUUACUGAUUAUGAUAGCGACGAUUUCACAAGUUUCAAUAGCGGUGGCGGCGGCGGCGGCGAACAUAAUCAUAAUGACUUACUUAACAACAGCAAUAACAACAAUAAUAAUAAUAGCAACAAACAAGCCAACAACAAUAACUACAACAAUCAGAAUAACAACAAGAACAAGCAGGCAAUGCCGUACUCCAAGAGUGAUUAUGACGUCUUCAACUCUACAUUUGCCAGCUCCAGUGAUUUCUUUACUUAUCCCAACAACAACAAAAACAACAAUAGCAAUAAUAAAAUCCAGCAUGAUGGACCAUAUCAAUUCCAAACGCAAGUACAAAUUCAUAGUCAAAGCGUUGACAAUAUACGUAAUAUGCAAAUCGCCAGCGUCGAUAGCGACACUGAACUGCAGGCUAAAGCCUCAUCCACCACGCUACGUCAACCCAAUAUGCUGGCCGGUGGCAGCUUCCAUACCAGCAUCGGCAGCAACAACAAUACGCUGACCAUGCAGCCAACACACGCACCCACCGCGAGCAGCCACUUUGAGCCCUUUGCUGACUUUGGCAGCGCAAUUAAGUCGGAUUUUCCGAGUGUCGGUGGUAAUUUUAUUAAUAAUAACAACAGCAGCAACAACAACAACAACAACAAUCCUCUUUCGAAUUACGCAUUUGGCCAGACAUCAAUCAGCAAUGCAAAUGCCAAAUAUCCAGCAGCGCCGCCAUUGACGUCAACCUACAGCAAUGCCUUGUCUGCGGCGCUGGCCGAUACGCCCGGAAUUAAGAUAGCGCCGGUCACAAUGCUGCCAUCAACGUCAGCUACAACAAUGCCAACAACAACAACAUUUGGUUAUCCGGCUGGUUUUGGCAACAGCCUUGAUAGUAACGGUGCUGGUAGUGGCGGUGGUUCUCUCUUCAAUUAUGGCUUCUUUGAUGCGAAUUCUACAAUGAACUAUCACAACAACAACAAUUUUAGCAAUAAUCUCGAUAAUAAUGCUUUGUUUACGUCGUCGUCAGCAGCGCUGGGCAACUGCAAGCUGGAAAACAACAAUAAUAUGCCUUGGAUGAACCCGGAAGCAGCAUCGUCGUCGAAUCCAUUCUUAUCGUAAAAUAGUUUUUUUUAAAUGCGGAAAUUUAUAUAGGGCGGGUUUUAAAACAGCGUGCGCGAGUUAGAGGAAUAAAGAGUUCUUUUUUUAUAUAUAUACAUAUUUACGCAUAAAAGAAAGAAAAACUAAAACUAAA